AAGAAUAUGUGGUCGAGAAGUCGAAAUCUUAUUCUGACACAGACUCAACGAAUGUGGUUCCGACACAACAAGAGUAGAAUAAAGGUUAAUUUAUAUGGUUAUAUUGUGCGAAGUUAUAAAAUUGAAAAGGAACAACAUAGUGAAGAAAUACGAAGUUGGGUUAAAGAUACUCUUCAGGAACCUUCAACUACACGUCAUGUCAUCGGUGAUGCAGGAUUAACCUCAAAUGAAUUGCGACGAAGGACGUCGAAUCAAAAUACCAUCUCUAUUGUUUCUGAUGAGGAGUUUGAAUCUUCAUGGCGACAGCGAUUUUUGUAUGGAGAGUUGAAAGCCGUACAAGAAGUGGUUAUACUUAAGAAGACCAAAUAUACAAUGUUCAAACCGGAGCAGCUAAUAGUUCUCAUAUCUGCCCUGAAAGAUUUAGAAAGGUUUUAUGACAUUGAUCGUAUAUACAAGGCUUAUCACUUAGAUUGGUCAUCUUUGCAUACCCAUAUGUCUGCAGAAACUUAUCACACAUUUUUAAAAUUGAUGAUAGACACACAAUCCAGAGUUGGAAACUACCCAGUUGUGGAAGUACUUUUCAAACAAUAUAUCAAAUAUCCUGAUAUAAGUCCAUCGUUUCUCGCUAUGGGAUUGAAAGCAAUGUUAGAAAACAAGAAUUACAUUACAGCCAGACAAUUUUUCAAUUACAUGACCCAGAAUAGAGAUGUUUUCCCUAUCAACGAGCAUUGCCUACUUAUAUUCCUAAAAUUUACAAUCAAGAAUGAUGAUUUGUGGACAUUGAAAGAGGUUUUUGAAAUGUGGUUAAACAAAGUUGACCAGGUGCCAUCUCCUAAAACAAUUUCUAUGGUCCAACUAGAAUUACAACGUGGCGGGUUUGAUAAAGGAAUAGUAUAUUGGAACCACUUAUCAAGACAUCCAAAGUUAAUCAACGGAGAACAUCAAAAGAGUUAUUAUUGCAUGGUGGGCCAAUUAAUCCUACAGUUGGAUGCAGAAAAGUGGCCUAAAGAACAGGUAGAAAAGGAAAUACGUAAGCUUUUGGAUUUGUUCAAAAAUAAUGUCAGCGCUAAGAAGUAUAUUUAUUUUCGUUUAAUGAAGUGGUUUGCAAGUGCUGGGAAUUUCCAAAUGCUCAAAACAUGUUUGGCCUUAGUUCACAGCGAUGCGGAAGUGCAAAUUAGCAACACUCAUCAUCAAAUUGUAUGCAGUUACUUUGCUAAGUACGGGUUACUUCAUGAUCUCACAAAAUACCUAAAAGAUGUCUCAGUCCUCCCCAAGGAAAAUGGUUUGAAAUUCAACAGACAGUUAUUUUCUUAUAUAUGGAUGUGUUCAGUACAAGGGUACCCAAUGCUGAAACAAGAAUGGGAAAAUGAAUUUAAAUUGCUUUACAAUGAUAGAUGGUACAGUAGAACUUUUCCGUGGCUUCCAGUUAGCGUAAAUAAUUUAUUAUGCUCUAAGAACCCUGACAUGACUGGAGACAAAACAAAGGCAUAUAGAGUUGCAGGGAACAAUAGUUACAAGAUUUUAUCAAGGGUUGUGGAAUAUUUGCAACGUCGUAAGAUCAACAAGGCAUGCUCCUUAAUCAUGGGUCAAGUAAGACUAGGAAUCAGACCAAAUUUCAGCUUUUACUAUAUGCUGUUAAGAUACUGUGUAAACCAUGGCAUUACAAGGAUGAUAAGAUUUUUAUGCACCAAGUUGCGGCAUACAUACAAGUAUAUUCCAAUAAAGAUUGAGAUAUUGGAGUUAAGAAAUGACAUCUACAAGUCCAUGUCAUUAAAAAUACGACAAAAUGGAGACAAAGCUGAGGCUAUUAAGCUUGCCCAACAGAAAAUUUUGACCUUUGUUCAGCAGCGUCAGCAAAAGUUAAACUUUCAAAACUAUCUUCAGCUUACCUUACUAUGCUCUAGGUUCAGUCUUACAAAAUUAGCUCCUGAAUUACUCCUUAACGCCAAGAAACUGACUAAUGUAACGAAGAAAUAUGAGUUGUAUCUAUUUUAUAGAACAGCACUUAUGCUAUAUGUCAGAAUGAGAGAACCAGAAAAAUUCCUGCAUGCUCUCAAAGAGUUUAACGAAAACCAAUAUUCCACAUAUAUUACUAAAUAUUGGAUUUCGAGUACAAAACGUCAGAUAAAGUUGUUUGAAACGAAAAAUGCCAAUAAAACCACGUUAAUAGAAUUAUAUGAUCAAGUGGACAUCAUGAGAAUAAACUACGCUAAAGUUAAGAUAGAAGGCCUAGAAGAAAUGUUAAAACUGAUAACCUUCAUGAAAACCUGGCUGAAUAAUUUGGUAUACGAAGAACAAUUACAUGUCUAUAGAAAACAAAAGAUUUUGGAGGCUGCUGCUGCCGAGUCUGCUUCAGACCACCGGCACUCAUAG